AUGGGAGUAGUUCACGACGUGGUGGAGCAGGAAGUUAAGAGUACUUAUCGAAAUAUAUGCAGUGAAGAGGACCUACCGAGGAGUGUCGCCAUCUGUCCACAGAGACGAUGCGUUGCCUUCGGGUGCCGUGGCGGAAUAGAGCUGCAUUGGGUUGAUGCAUUGACGGGGCAAGACCUCAACCGGUGGUUCCCAUUGACAGCCCCUUCGGAUUUUUUAUACUUUCUUCCUCCCCGGCGCGGCAUAGAUUCUGCCAAGAAGCUGCGUCUUAUAUCAAGUGCUGUCCACCCCAAAGAUGCGAGCCCCUUUACCAGACGCUUCGGUGUUGGCCCAGACUUCCUUGCCUUUUCAGAUACUUGGGAGCCUAGGGCUGGCCAAAGCGACCAUUUCCAAGCUGUCCCGUUAAGCGAUGGAUCUCAUAUACUAUUCAUUGAUCCUGAACGUGGGGGGUUAUGUCUGGGCAGUGAUGCGCCACUGGGGUAUGAUUCUACUACCUUUGUUUCUCACGAGGCGGCAAUUACAGGGGAGGGCCCGAUAUCUGAGUGGACCCACGAAGCUCCUGCGGAAGAUCUGGCUAAUCCCACCGGAAAGCGUCGUAGGGGCGAUAACCGAAGCCGAAAGAUCAAGAACGCCAUACGUCCAAGCAUAUACGCUUCAGGGGCCAUCGUUAAGCAUGGUGUGAGAGUUGUGGCAGGAUACAGUGAUCACAUUGUACUGUUUUCGGUUCCGCCGGAUACCUUCUACAAGCCGUUUGAGGCAGACACCUCUGGUGACCAACCCUCUGUCCUAAAUCAGUCCACCGACCCCGAUAUCACAAAGGCCCAUGAACCUGUGGGGAUAACCGGUUACUAUAUCGAUACAAUACCUAGGCUAGUCGACCUCGCUGUGCAUAGUGGAGUUGCUCUGGCAAUUUAUGCCUUUUCUGCAAGUGGGAGGGUGCACGUUUAUCAGCUUAAGAAGACUGAUACAACUGCUAACCUGAAAGACUCCCUGAAAAUGACAGCUACUGAGAAUGGGAAACUAGUUAUUGACCGCUCAAAUGGAGAAGAUUAG